UAAGCGGGAGUCGGGCAGGCCAUCUCUACGCACGCGCCCAAACCUAACGGUCAUCACAUCCAUAUUCCCUUGUCACUCUUCUUUCUUCCUCGCACUGCUUCUGGGAAGAAAUACAUUUUCCAUCUCUCUCUCUCUCUCUCUACAAAUGGAGUGGGAACGCUUGGGCUCGGACCUCACCGAACUGAUCCUCUCCUAUCUCCCAAUCCGAUCCAUCGUCCGUGCUGCCGCCGUCUGCAAGCUAUGGCAUUCCAUCAUCUUCUCCUCCUCCUUCGCCGCCCGCGUCUCCGCUUCCAACAAAAACCCCUGGUUCUUCCUCUGUGGCCAAAACAACGUCUUCCUCAAGAGCAACCAGGCCUUUGCCUUCGAUCCCGACUCCUUCCACUGGAUCCGCCUCCCCUCCUCCCUCUUCCCCCAUCACCUCUUCUUCGCCGGCUCCGGCGGAUUUCUCUUCGCCGCCGCCUCCCACUUCAGCUACGCGCCCCUCCUCAAGCCCCUCUGGCGCCGCACCUCCCCGCUCCGCUUCUCCCGCUGCGACCCCCUCGUCGGCGUCUUCCGCGAUGCCUCCGGAUCCUCCAGAUUCAUCGUCGUCGGCGGAGUUAGGUUUAUUGGCUGUCUUAUCGACAUAGAUGACAGACUGGCCGUUGAAAUCUACGAUCCCCGUAUCGAUUCUUGGGAGCUUUGCCCUCCCUUACCCGCCGAUUUCCGAUCCGGCAAUUCGUCGCAGUGGUUGUCUUCGGCGCUGUUCGGGAACAAGUUCUAUGUGUUUGGGAUUUAUUCGAGUUUCAUCUCGUCGUUUGACCUAAACAAACGUUUUUGGAGUGAGGUUCAGACGCUUCGGCCUCCUGGGGUUAUGUUUUCCUUCUUGAUCGCUUGUCUGGACCGGCUUGUUUUGGCCGGGCUCUGCUCUACCCCUCGUGGGCCGUCGGUUAAUUUGUGGAGUAUUGAUGAGCGAACGAUGGAGUUCAGUGAGAUAUCAAUAAUGCCUGAGGAGUUGCUUUGUGGAUUGUCCGAUAGCGAUGGGGAUGACAAUUUUGCAGCCUUGAAAUGUGUGGGGUUGGGUAAUUUUAUCUAUGUGUUCAAUCAAGAGUAUUACAAGAGUUACCCAGCUUGUGUUUGUGAAAUUAGCAGUGAGACUGGUAAGUGCAGCUGGAGGAGAGUCCCCGACUUGCCGUCUCCUGUAAAUCGGUUUCACAAGGUGAUCAGCUUUUGUUCCGCAGUUCCUCUUACUAAUAUUCUCCGAUGUGAAGCUGAAGAUGCUGAAUGUAGCCAAGGCCUUACCUGACUGAUGAAACUUGGUUUCUUGUCAAAUAUCUUGAAUUGCAACUUGCAUCCUCAUGGAAUCAAACCCGUAUUUAAGGUGAUACUUGUGGUGGUGGUGAUUGUGCUAGGUGUCCUACUCAUCCUGGAGGUUGCCAAGGACUAAUUAAAAAAAAAAAAAAUAGUACUGAUUUUAUGUAUUUUUGUUUGUAUUAUUUUCCCUGGUUCCUGUGCAUCGAAUCACUCCUUGUCAUUAGAUGAAUUGCAGCGUUUGGGGAUCAUUAGACCAUAAAAAAUUGUGAGGUAGGACAUCCCCCUAGCAUUAUUCAUAAUUAUUAGGUAGGUGCAUCUCAUCUUCUAUUAAUAUCACUAGGGUGUGACUGCACUGUGCAAUGCCAACGACUUACUUCACCACAUCUUCCUUGAUUGAACUCAGACUGAAAUUGAUGUAAUUUGCAUUGAUAAUAUUGAAAGGCCAUUGAUUAUUUUCUUAUUGCCUGUAAA